AUGGGCGGCAAGAACUUUGGCACCGAGGCGCGGCGCUUCACGACGGCCGAGCACGACGCAAUGUUCGCGCUGGCGCGCGAGCGCACCGGACACUUCUUCACCAGCAUGAAGACGUACCCGCCGCUCACGAGCAAGGCGACCCACGGCGACAUUGACAUCCUGGCCGGGUGGGCUGGGCUGGGGUGGGCGCCGCCCAAGGGCAGGGAGGGCGGUGUUGUCGAGGGCGCUGAUCCCUUCGACGCCACCUUGACGACUGUGACGCUCAGCAGCGACUCCGCCGACGUGCGCCGCUGGUGCAAUGCCAUCGCGGCCGCGGUCGGCGCGACCGAGUGGCAGCGCUCCGGCGGCUGCCUGUCGACACGCUUCCCCGCCUCGGCGCUGUACGCCGCCGUGCCCUCCCUCGCGAGCCCUCACGACGCCGCCGACUUCUUCCAGGUCGACUUUAUGCUCUUCCCGCCCGAGGGCGUCGAGUUCGCGUCCUUUGGAUACAGCUACGGCUCGGCGCUGAUGCUCCUUGCGCCGCUGCUCCGCCAGGGCACGGGCGUCCACGGCCUGGUGCUGCACGCGCACUGCCUCAUCUUCCGGCACUCGCCGUUCCCCGGCCUCCGUCCCGUCGACACACACCUCUCGCACGACGCCGCCGCGCUGUGCAAGUACAUCGGCCUCGACCACGCCACCUGGCUGCGGGGCGACUUUGACACCAUGGCCGACGUGUACGCCUGGCUCUCGACCGCCGAGGAAGGCUCCAUCACGGCCAAGGCGCUGCGGCGCAUCGCGCGCAAGGGCAUCGACCGCGACGGCAGGAAGACCAGCCACCACAAGGGCCGCUACGACCUGUACACCGACUUCAUCCAGUACCUCCAGGCGUCUGCAUGGGCACCGUCGGCGGAGGAACGCGCCGAGCUCGAGGCACGCGCUGCCGCCGCCGAGGCGGAGCGUGGCGAGCGCGAGCCGACGCCCGCACGAGAGCUCGACCCCGACAACCCGACGCCACUCACGCCCGCCGAGGUGGACGCGCUCGAGUACUGGGGCGCCAAGGGCGCGUACGCCGCCCUCGUGGCCGAGCUCGAGCCCGAGGCGCGUCUGCUCCACUCGCGGCAGAACAAGCCCAGGGGCACCGUCAAGUUCCCGCCCAAGCGUGGUCCGCGCGCCGUCGUGGCCGCCGUGGACGCUUCGGGCGCGGGCGUGAGCGCCGAGCGCGUCGCUGCCGACACUGCCACCGCACCCGCGGCCGUCGUGGCCGAGGUUGCCUAA